UCAAUAAAGUCGUUGUAAGCAAUGCAAAAAUGCAAGAUACCGCCGUGUAAUGUACAGAUGUCUUGCUGCACAGCCAAGGACCAUAUCUUGUUCAUACUUAUCAAUAAGAGGCUGAUUCGGGCCAACCCGACCCAAUUUGCAAUCUAAAUUUGGAGCACACUUCUUCGCCUAUCUUUCUACCAGGUCAUCUGUCUCAAUUCCGGCAAUCUCUGGGAAGAGACAGCUUAUCCGCAUCUGAAAAAUGGCUCUUCUAGUUAGAAACGCCCGCCAGUUAGCCCCGGCGGCGCCUUUUCUACAACGGGCAGCAAUGAUCCACACCACUCUUCCGGUCUUCUCGCCGCAACCGUCGUCCACACCGACGACAUACACACGCCCUCCCCCUCCGUCGACUUCCUCCCCGACGGGCCUUUCCAAGACGGCCGAGUACGUCAUCUCGAAAGUUGACGAUCUGAUGAAUUGGGCGCGCCGCGGAUCCAUCUGGCCCAUGACCUUCGGCCUCGCUUGCUGCGCCGUAGAGAUGAUGCACACCGGAGCUGCGCGCUAUGACCUCGAUAGAUUCGGCAUAAUUUUUCGGCCCAGUCCGCGGCAGUCCGAUUGCAUGAUCGUUGCCGGAACCCUCACCAACAAGAUGGCCCCUGCUCUUCGCAAGGUGUAUGAUCAAAUGCCGGAACCAAGGUGGGUGAUAUCAAUGGGAAGCUGUGCAAAUGGAGGAGGCUACUAUCAUUAUUCAUAUUCAGUUGUGAGAGGGUGUGAUAGGAUUGUCCCCGUUGACAUCUAUGUUCCGGGCUGUCCCCCCACUGCAGAGGCGCUUCUCUAUGGACUUCUCCAGCUGCAGAAGAAAAUCAACCGCCGCAAAGACUUCCUUCUUUGGUGGACAAAAUGAGGAAGAACGAGGGAAAACAAAUCUUUGUCUGCAUGUUUAUGGAAAAAUAAAUUGUACGGAGUAUUACAUGACGUUUCCCUUGUCUGAGGCAAAAGUUUCACAUUAUAAGCUUUGUGGAAGCUUUUUGUUAGACUGUUGAUUGAUGAUGUACUAUUAUUGUUAUCUGCAUAUGUUUCUCAUGGUUGUUAAGAACUUUGAUACCCCGUUAUAUUGAAAGAUAUGUACUUAUGAUGUUACUACUUGAUUGAUUGAUCUCUAUAAUAUUGUUAUUGUGUUACUACUUGAUUGAUUGAUCUCUAUAAUAUUUGACUUGUUUUGUUAUAAUAACAGUCGCGGC